AUGCGUGUCCUCGCUCUCUUGGCUGCUGCCCUUUCAGUGUCCCUUGUUGAGGCCGUUCCCGCUCAUAAGCCUGCCCAAAAGGAGUAUGUUGAGUAUCUCAUCUCAACGUUUAGUGACCCAACUCCAGAAGUCCAAUGGCAUCUUUCAGAUGGAAAGUCAGCUUCAAGCUUUAAUUUUUUGAACGGCGGCAAACCAGUCUUGACGAGUAACGUUGGUACCAAAGGCGUCAGGGAUAUCUUCCUCGCCACAAACAGCAAGCGUUCCGAAUACUUUACCAUUGCCACCGACUUAGAUAUCAACGCUCAAGGGUUUUCUUGGGACUGGGCCACGCGGAAUGGAAGUCGGGGUCUUGUUGUUUGGUCUUCGAAGGAUCUUGUCAAUUGGUCCAAGCCUUCACUAAGAAUUAUUGAGUCUCCCACUGCAGGGAUGACAUGGGCACCUUCUGUUGUAUGGGAUGAUGCUACCAAUCAAUACUACGUCUUUUGGGCAUCGCGACACUACGCGACUUCUGAUACCCAGCACAAAGGCGAGGCAACUCUGGAUAAGAUUCGGUUUGCCACCACGAAAGACUUUGUCAAAUUUAGCGCCCCUAAAGACUACCAUGCUCCCGAGGGCACCGGCCUAAUCGACCAGGAGUUCCAGUACCUCGGCAAGCCAGGCCAUUUCGUUCGUUUUCUCAAGAACGAAACCGUCAACCAAGUAUACCAAGAAAGCACAGCGACUGGUCUCUUUGGGACGUGGACUCGUGUACCAGGAUAUGUUCGACCUGAGUCACCGCUCGAAGGGCCUGGCUCAUUCGCCGAUCUUCGCACCCCCGGACUGUAUCAUCUACUCCUUGACGACUAUACCCAGUAUAUUUCCUUCCAGACUUCUAACAUUCUAUCUCCAACUUGGGAGAAGUCGGACUUUCCCAACUUUCCCAGGGGCUUGAAGCAUGGCUCUGUGACGCCUCUUACCAAAAAGGAGUACGAUGCGGUUGUUGCAAAGUAUGGAAAAUAA